UCUAAGUUUCACAACACGUGAGUUGAAAUCGUCCUUCGGGCGAAAAUUCUUACUUCGGUAUUUCGUCACAUGUCCACAAGACCUGGAGUCUCGUUAAUACGGUGGAUUCUUCACAACACUUCAGUAGAAUCUAUUGUUGGCAAAGCGGGCCCUUUGGAGCUUGACCGACGAAAUCUUGACACCACAAACUCACUGCGACUGCCUAUUGGACCCCUCUUACAAUUCCCGCACAUUCACACAUUGAAACCUCGGUCGUUAACUCUCGGGAAUACACAGUGCAUGAAACUGAACAUAGGAACAACAAGGUUGCAGAUUGGGUCGUUUUGAACGGACGGGAUGUACAGAUCCUAGGUUCUACGCGGAAAUCCAGUACACAUUUGUACGUUAUGAUAUGGAUUUGAAUGUUCCGGGUGAAUACGGGACGCCAUUCCGCCUCAAUUUGAAAAUCUGAUGGAAAAUGCGGGUGUGGAACCGUUGACAGCCUCUUUGUCUGUAGAUCUGUUCUGCUGUCUCCUUCUGCCAGACAUGAUGUGACUGGAGCCGGGAGUUAGACUUUUUCUCGAGGAAAGAUUUCCUCAUCAUGGUGAAGGCCAAGGAGCCGGUUGCAGAACAAUGGUAUCCUAUGAAACUAGGAUCUUCUUGUCAGGACGAUGCGACCACUCGUUUUUAUUCGCUGCGAUACGAGUUCAAACCGGCAUCCAUUGAUAGCACCAGGCCAGGGACUCUUCACAACAGUACCGAGAAUAAAUGUACCGUCGAAUUUUUCAAUAAUCAAGCUGGGAAGCCAAAGGUCGGGUUUCAGGGCAACAGUGAGGAUUGUAAGGAAUUAGAUGCAGUUUUGUUUUUCGAUGGCAAGUCUUUUCGCUUGGAGCGAAUGCACAGAGCAUUCAAAAGUCUCAGACAUAUUAGACAGCCAGGGGAGUCGUCCGCCGCUGCCCAAGGAAUGAAUCUGAAGGACAGUGAACCUGAUGAGGAUGAAAACGGUAACGUCGAAAGGAUAUCUACAUCACAGGUUGCUGAUAAAUCGCUGAAAAAGCCACCUAUGAUCCCAGUUCAGCGUGAGAAGAUAGAGUCAGAGGAGAUAACACCAAUACCAAGCAAACCUGAUCCACCAGCUGGAAAGAAGAAAGCGAAUAAAAAAGUUGCAGAACCGAAAGCUAAGAGCAAGAAGGCAGUCUCACCCGCUGCUGUUCCAGCUUCGCCUGUAGAUAAAAAGAGGGAGCGUGAACCUUCACCCGUCAACAUUGAUAUAGACGAUGAGCAGGAUCACGAAUCCCCGACUAAAAAGGCUACUCCAGAAGAAGACCAAAUUGAAGUGGAGGAGGUGGUAGAAGAGCUGAGCGAAUACGAGGAGGUAGACAUUAGUGAGGAUGAAGAAGAUAAAACCGGAGUUGAUCAAACUGCAGCAACUUUGAGAGCACAAGCAGCAGCAGGGGACGAGAAAGCGAAGCCUAGCUCGAGUUCAAGCAGCAGCGGAAGCGGGAGUUCUGGAAGCGGUAGUGGCAGUAGUAGCAGUGACAGUGGGAGCGAUGAAGAAGACUCUGCUAGCUCUGCGGAUGAUGGAGAUGAUAUAUAGCUGUCAACAUCUACCUGCAGUUUUGGUAGGUACAAAAAAGUUGAGCUGGUUUGGAACAGCUCAGCUCAGGUUCUCUCCACAUUGUCGUACAUUUUAUACUUCUCAGUCAAUUUCAUCAUCUACAUAAUCAAAUUCUUCCCAUGAAGAUCACAAGGACCGUACGAGCAUGUCCAUCAGUCACGGUUUCACAAGUCACUCUCAAGCACUAUCUCAAGCACUCAAGCAACAACUGGGUCAAGGGCAUUUGACUUGUAAAACCACGAUUUUUGAGAACUAUAUUAGAGUUGCUUUCCAACUCUCUGGUGCCUGUAUUCCACCAGGUUUCUUACCUGACAUUCCCUCUGUCACCGGUUUGGAAUCAAUACUUCUUUCAGUCAAAUUUCUCAGUUUUGAACAAAGCCACAAUUUCACAACGAUCUGUCUCAGCUUGUGGAACCUGUGUAACAGGCUGUCUUUGCCUAAGUAUAAUC